AGGAAAUGACGUAAGGCCGGAGUCGGGUCGGUGACGGCCGGCCGGUAGCGGAAGCCGGCGUUUGGCGGCUCCGUGCUCCUGCAGCUCGCUGCUCGCUUCUGCCUCCCGGGACUUUGACGCGCCAGGCCGCCGCGCUCCUGGCCAAGGGUGCCCGGGGAUGCCGCUCGGCCGCUUUCUACGAGGAGCUUAAGCGGCCCGGCUGCCGCCCGGAUGGGACCGCCGGGGUGCUCUAAAGUCUCCAGUGAAUAUUGAAUUGCUAAGGAAUUUGGGGAAAGAAGCUGAAGUUCCCAUUCCAUGGAUCCCUUGGGUGCACCUUCCCAGUUUGUGGAUGUGGAUACACUAUCAAGCUGGGGCGACUCGUGGGAAGAUGAAUUAAAUACUUCUGAUAGUGCAGCUGAGACAUUUCAGGAAAACACUAUUAGAUCACCUUUUCUUUACAAUAAGGAUAUCAAUGGGAAAGUGGUUCUUUGGAAAGGAGAUGUGGCAUUACUGAACUGUACAGCCAUUGUGAAUACCAGCAAUGAAAAUCUUACAGAUAAGAACCCGGUGUCAGAGAGUAUCUUCAUGCUUGCGGGGCCUGAUUUGAAGGAGGAUCUCCAGAAACUUAAGGGUUGCCGGACAGGUGAAGCAAAAUUGACAAAAGGAUUUAAUCUAGCUGCCCGGUUCAUCAUUCACACAGUGGGACCUAAAUACAAGAGCCGCUAUCGCACAGCUGCUGAGAGUUCCCUGUACAGCUGCUACAGAAACGUGCUUCAGCUGGCCAAAGAGCAAUCAAUGUCUUCUGUGGGAUUCUGUGUCAUCAAUUCUGCAAAACGAGGUUAUCCUUUAGAGGAUGCAACACACAUAGCACUUCGCACUGUCAGGAGAUUCCUAGAGAUUCAUGGGGAGACCAUUGAAAAAGUAGUAUUUGCUGUCUCUGAACUUGAAGAGGCUACUUACCAAAAGCUGCUACCUCUGUACUUCCCAAGGUCAUUAAAGGAGGAAUGUCGAUCAUUGCCAUACCUACCUGCAGAUAUCGGAAAUGCGGAAGGGGAGCCUGUGGUACCUGAGCGACAGAUUAGAAUUAGUGAAAAACCUGGUGCCCCGGAGGACAACCAAGAAGAGGAGGCCGAAGGCUUGGGAGUUGACCUCUCUUUCAUCGGUUCUCACGCUUUUGCUCGAAUGGAAGGAGAUAUUGACAAGCAAAGAAGACUGAUCCUUCAGGGACAGUUAUCAGAGGCGGCCUUGCAGAAGCAGCAUCAAAGAAAUUAUAAUCGCUGGUUAUGUCAAGCAAGAUCUGAGGAUCUAUCUGAUAUUGCUUCUCUAAAAGCCUUAUACCAAACAGGUGUUGAUAACUGUGGUCGUACAGUGAUGGUGGUAGUUGGAAGAAACAUUCCUGUCACGUUAAUAGACAUGGACAAGGCUCUCUUAUAUUUUAUCCAUGUAAUGGAUCACAUUGCUGUGAAGGAAUAUGUAUUAGUAUAUUUUCACACACUGACCAGCGAAUACAAUCACCUGGACUCUGACUUCCUGAAGAAACUCUACGAUGUUGUUGAUGUCAAAUACAAGAGGAAUUUGAAGGCUGUUUAUUUUGUUCAUCCAACAUUUCGCUCAAAGGUAUCAACGUGGUUUUUUACCACCUUUUCUGUCUCAGGACUGAAGGACAAAAUCCACCAUGUGGACAGCCUCCACCAGCUAUUCUCUGCCAUAUCACCAGAACAGAUUGACUUUCCUCCUUUUGUCCUUGAAUAUGAUGCCAGGGAAAAUGGGCCUUACUAUGCAUCUUAUCCCCCAUCACCAGAUUUGUGACCUGCCAUCUUUUAGUGCUACUGGUUUCCAAGGACAUCACUUUCUCCACAAAUUGCUACCUAUUGAAGUGAAAUUCAUUUUUGCUGUUCAGAUCCAGAGAGCCUUUUGUCCCCACCUCUCUGGUAUUUUUUUAUUGACUGUAUAUUUUCUGGCACAUAAGCAAUCUGAAAAUGGUAGGCCAUUCUGAACUGCACGCUUAUUUUAAAUUUGUAUAUUUGUAUCAAAUGAAAAUGUUCAUUUUUAGAGGGUUGUUAAUAGAAAUUGGGGAGCAACUUUUAAGUAUCUUCAGUUUCCUGAAAGGACACUGGAUUUUCCAUUAGACAAGCCACCAAUGUUGUUCAUGCCAUCUCUUUAACAUUGCACGCUUCCUUUGUGUACUUAAAUGUUUCUCAAAAUAUAUAGAACCGAUGUAUGCUGACCAUAUGCAUUGUUUGCUUCAGAUCCUGGCAUUAUGUUUGAUAUAGAUAAUUUAGUUAUGAUAAAAAAGAAUUGUCUGGGAUUAAGGAUGUGGGAACGUAUCUGAUCAAAGCAUCAAAAUCAUUAGGAAAAUACAGGUCUUAGCGUUUUACUACACCAGUUAAGGUUAAGAUUUUGCAUUAUAUGAUUUGUUAAGAUUGCCACUAUUCUAGUCUCAACAGUGGGUGAAAACAAGAAGACUGUAUCUUCCACCUUUUUCCUAUAAUCAUGGGUGAUUUGGUGUCCUUCUUCUAAAGGAUUGCACUCAUUAGUACUCUUAAGUGAAAAGCAUCUCCUUAGACUCCAUUUUCAGUGAGCCUUUAGAGAGUGUGCUGUCUCCCCAAAGUUGUGAUUUUGUUGGGCUUUACAGCUCCUCCUUCUCAGGACAUUUCUUCGCAGUGUCUCUUGAUUUACCUACGUCCAAAUGGAGGAAGUGUGUUGCAGUGCACAGAAUUCCAGACUGCUGUUACCACUCAGGCUCUAUUUGUGCCUUAGCUCGCUCAUGAAUAAAAAUUAGAAUUGUGAUACCAACCUCACAGAGGUAUAGAAGGCUGGCAUUUAGAAAGGGCUUUUGGUGUUCUGGAUGCAGAAUGCUAGGGGAGUUCGUGUAGGUGUCACCUCAGUUGGUUUUUAAAAUGAUAAUAAAAGUACUUCAGGGUACUACCAGGCACUCCUCUUGUCCUUGGCACCUUUUGAGUGACUUUUCUUGUCUUGGGACAAGAGUUGUUACUGAAAAACCCCAACCCUGAGGACCUCCUUCCUACUUUGUCCAGAAUUUCUUCUGGCCUACUCCUCUCCCAGUGCUACACUUUUAACAAGAGGCAUCUGUUAGCCAUUUUAAACAUUUCUUCUUGAAUUGAGGUCAAACCAGUAUCAUUUCCAUCUGGGUGUCUUCAUAUUCCUUUUGAUUCCUACAUCCCCGCCCCCAUCUCUCUCACUCCGUCAUGUACAUUGGCAGUUUAGAGAAGAAAAAGUAGAGCUCUUCUGUUCUAAUGUGUUCAGGGUCAGUGCUUCCAAAGAUCUUUUUCCUCUGUGCCCAUAUUAAUUCUUCAGUGGAUAAAGGAAACAUACAUCUUUUAUGACAGAGAAAUCCCCCUCGAGUUGGAUUAGCCCCAUCCUCUAUUUUCCAGUGCAAACAAGAAGGGGCUUUAUGUUUCUUUGAUAAGCACUCAUAUCUUUUGCAUGAAAUGGGCACAUUUGCUUUGUGUCAGAAAUCAAAGCCACUUAUCCUUGUAUAUGCUUAUUUGAUAAGGGUUUCCUGUAUGUUACUUAGGUCAUCAGAUCCAGACAGCCAGUCAGAUGUCUACUAGUAACCUUCCUCUUAAACAGCACUACUUUAUAUCCCUUAAGCUUUGAGCUUUAAAAAUCUGAAAAAUUAGCUUCAUCAUUUCCAGUCUAUUUAUUGUUAGAUCAUAUUUGAGGUAUCUUUGCACUAAGAGUGGUUAUAAAAAUAUGCCAACUUUUCUUUUUUGUAAGUGGACUAUCUCAAAUUGGCAUCUGGCCUGAAUCAUUUCCUCUAUAGAUAAUAGAGGCUGCAAGCUACUUUGCCAUUUGAAAGGAAGAGAAUUGAUUUGCACCAUUUCUUAUAGGCAAUAAUUUUGAAAGAACGUCCCUUUGCCAUAUUCAUAUGAGUAUAUGAAUGUCUAAUAACACAAGCAAGGCUUCUAUAUUAUAGUAGGUUCUAGUUCAAUUGAUGUCCUAGGGUAUAAAGGUAGUAUGGAACUAUAUAUAUACACCAACCACAUUUCAUAAUUUAAUGUGACAAAAGAUAAGAGCUGCACUUCUCAGUGAAACUAAAUUUGGUAUGGGACCAAGUUCAUGCUUUUAUAACUGUCUAAAGUGUUAUGUAAUAUAGUUGUUUGAAUGGAUUAAGUCCUACCAAAGGAAUACAGUGACCUUGAGAGUGAAAUGAUUAUGUAACGUUCGGUAUAUAUCUGCCUUUGUCAAAAGGUUGGGUUGCCUGAAGAACACAUGCCAUUCUCAGAGACACAUUAGAGUAUAAAAGGAUGACUGGGUGGAGAUGAGUACUAGCAUCUGAUGUUAAUUCAAAGCACUACCAAGUACUUAAUUAAACUUUGGUCAUGCCAAAUGCUAGUUGAAUUGAGGAAGAAACAACUUACAAAAUAUUAGGUGAAUUCAUUAAUUCAUGCAAGGCAUAAUAGGAUUUUCUUACACAAGUACAUUUCUUCAGCAUCUAUUUGGAUCUUCUUAACUCAUCUAUAUCCAAUUUUCUUGAUAGUGAAAAUAGCCUCUUGAAAAAAAAUGUCUUCAUUAGACUCUUAAGGCUUAGAGACCAAGUAAUUCAAGAUUUUCUGUAAUACACAUCUUCUUUCUCAUUGGCUGGUGCUCUAUUAUGUUUAUUUUUCCGAAGGGAUCCAAUUAGUUUGAGACUAAAGAACAGGAUUUUUAGAGUAUUUUUGAUAGGAAAAUGGGUAUAAAUUCUUUUAUCAAAUAUCUGAAAUCUGGAAGGAUUAAUAUAUCUUGCAUUUCUAGAGACGGACAAGUGUAAACAGUUGUUUAGAAAAACAUGGCUUGCCUAUUUCUACCUGUUUUCUAUUUGCUGAGAAUAUCAUUCAGUGAAUCCAAACUGUAGGUAAUGGUUUCAUUUCUUUGCAAUACCUAAUGGAAAGUGAUAAAAUGUAGUUUCAGUAUUUAAGCUAAAAAUGUGUUUCCCGAUUGUGUAUGUAUUAGUUUAUAUUGAUCAGCAUGUGAAUAGAAAUUAUUAGAAUUUUAGGUAGUAGAAAGAAAAGGAUUGUAUGGUUCUAAGAACAGUGGAUUGAUUGUAUUAAAGACCCAAAAGACUAUAAGAUAGGAUAUACACCUCUAAACUUGGAGUUGACCAGUGAGUUUCAGAUUGUUGUCCUCGUAAGUUAUGGUAAUUGUAAUUAACACACACUUGAGUGUUCUACCUAUAUUGGCACUAAUAGCAUACCUAAUGGUAUGAUUGACUUUUGGUUCAGGGUUGCCAGAAGCCAUGAAGGAUUAAAGGAGGACUCUACCUGUGAUCUAGGUCAUAUCAGAAACCCAGAGAUUAUAAGAAUUGCCUAUUAGGCCAAACCAUAUAUACAUAUGCAUGUAUAAACAAACACAUACAUAUGUGCCUUCCUACAUAUGUACAUGAUUAUGUGUAUAGACACAUGGUAAUCCACUUUGCAUUACAUUCUUUGAAUGUGGUUUCUAUGGCCCAUAUGUAGAGAACAUAGAGCGAUAAAUAACAUAGUUGAAGCUUUGAUUCUAUCAAAAUAGCCCUUAAGCUGAUAAUAUUAAGGUCAUUUUCUAUAUUAGUGGCUUUCUUGGAUAUUAGUUAUUAAUUUUGUUUUCUUUGCUUCCAGGAACAGUAUCAAAUCUUUUUAAGUGAAGUAAGCAUUAAAUGUAUAGGGCCACUGAGUUCAAGGAGAAAAGCAGAUAUUCUCUAGGUGAAUUACACUAACAAAAUCAUAACUACUGAAUGUGACCUAAUAUUUUUAUUGAACAAUUAAAAUGAAUACAUUUUGUAUGCACGGUUACACUUUUAUUUAUUUUUUUUUUUUGCAGUGUUUUGCUAGUGUAAGCACAUAGUCAUCAUAAACUGAGCCAGUACUUUGUCAGACCAGUUCUUGUGGGCCAAAAUAUUUAAAUAUGAGCUUAACAUACAUAACUGAUUUUAUUUACUAUUGGGCACAGGAGACCUAAAAUUUUUAUUAACAUGAUUUUAAAAUUUGUUUAUUUAGAAUGUAUAUAUUGCAUUUAAAAAUGUAUUUUGGUCUUUCUGAGUUAGAAGUUAGAUACCAUUUAAAGAGAAUCCCACUCUGUGUAAGUAUAGCUUAUGAUGAAACAGUAGUAAAAUAGUAAUGUUUAUAUCGAACCCCGAGGUGGCACAUUCUGUUUUAUCAUUUACACCUACCUUUUCUCUAAUCACUGAGACUAAGCUACAGUAGUAGUACAAAAUGCAGUAAAUUUUACUGUCAGCCUUCUUUAUGGGGAUCUAGACUAGUGCUUCUCAAACUUUAAUGUACAUAUAUUAAAUUGGCUGGCAGUAUGUUAAAAUGCAGAUUCUGAUAUAGUAGUAGCUCUGGGGUAGAGCCUGGGAUUCUCAGUUUCUAACAAGCUCAGAUGAUUUUCAAUACUCCUGGUCCCAAGACCACAAAUAAAAGAGCCUAGAUUAUAUUCAGCUUCUAUAUUUUCCUUAUUUUGAGGAAAGGAGACAUAACUGCCAUAAUCCCUUCUGUGGGCCAGGCACUCAUAUUCAUUAUCUCAUUUAAUCCUACAAAUCCAGGCUCCUGAGUGGCUCAGUGGUUGAACAUCUACCUUUGGCUCAGGUUGUGAUCCCAGGGGCCUGGGAUCAAGUCCUGCAUCAGGCUCCCCAUGGGAAGCCUGUUUCUCCCUCUGCUUAUGUCUCUGCCUCUCUCUCUAUGUCUCUCAUGAAUAAAUAAAAUUAUUUUUAGAAAAAAUCCUAUGAAGUAGAUGGUUAAAUGACCUGCUGAUGCCCACGCACACAAGCAGGACAGUACUGAGCAGUGUUUCUCAAUUUGAAUAAUGCACAUCCCCUUUGACUAAGGAAGGCUCUCUUAGUUCCUGUGUUUUUAUUCCAUUCUUUAUUAUGUUAACUAAGUAUAUGUAAACAUAAAGCUACAUAUAAUGCUUUAUGCUUAUAGCUGUUGCACAAGUAUAAAGCCAAAGAAAUUUAUAAAUAGAUAAAAGCAAAACUAACGAAAUUUAGAAAAAAAAUUAGUGAAAUAUGAUGGAUGAUGACAUUUUACCAAAACAAAACGGUCACUUGUACCGUGAUUAUGGCAUGGAACACUGUAGUACAGGUUCUUUUGAGGUCAGCAUGCACCUGCCAUGCGCUGUGUGCCAUGUGGUGACUCAGUUCUCCCACUGUGUUUCUCAGUUCAGACUCUUUCAUUUGUUUAGUACAUAGUGAUGUAUGGUCUUCAUCUAGCUUGACUGCAUCCUUUCCCUAUUAAGGGAAACACUUUCUCUGUUCUCUAUGUUCUCCAUAAGCCUCCCACAGCUAAAGCAGAACCCGACUUCACUGUGCAAGUAAACACAAAUGCAAACCUAGGCACUGAAACGUCCUGGCAAUAUUUGGUUUUAAGGCAGGUAUGUCAAUAAAUAAUCAAAAUAUUAUAUUAAUUAUUUCUAAGUUCUCUAUCAUCAUGAGAAAUGUCUAAUUGUCAGAGAAUACCUGUGGAUCCCCUACUAAAUACACACACACACACAUACUCACUCACUUACAUUCACUCCUCCCUUCCCACACACACAAGAAUUUUUAAUGAUGGUUAGCUAGCAUUGAUGCUUUGGUUCUUCACACACUGGGGUUCUGACCUUGAGCAGGUUUCUCAGCCUUUUCUGAACCUCAGGGUUGUCAGGUGUUAAACAGAUAAUCUUAUUGAAUAAUUAAGAGAAAUAACUGCAAUAAUACUUAUAAAGCAUGCAUAUAGUAAGUGUUUAUAAAAGGGAGCUACCAUUGCUUUGAUUAGAAAUAAUAAUAAUAAUUAACAUUUGAGGACUUACUAUGUGCCUUCAACUUUGCUAAGUGCUUUAUAUAUGUUGUCUUAUAUAUUGAGUGAGAGAAUCAGGAUUCAAAUCCAAGUCCUACUUCAGAGCUUAUACUCAUAAAAAAUAAUAUAAAACAGGAAUAUAAGUUGCUUAUUUAAAAAGUUAUUUAAUUUUAAAUUGUAUUUUCUCAAAAGUUCUUACCAUAAAAUUAAUGAUGCUUCUCUGGAGGUGGGCAGCGGCUAAUUUUUUUUUAAACAGUUGUGUAAUGUGCUAGGAAAUUGACACAAGGUAAAUAUAAUUUUUUUUAAAGGCUGCCAUGCUAGGUUGUAGUCCAGUAAAAGGAUAUUAGAAUCAUUAGGCUCAACUUGUACAUUACUGUGCUCUUGCACAUUUAUCAUCUGUAACUAAUGAUAACAUGAGAUCUUCCUGAAUCUCAAUGCAGCUUUGUUGCAGAAAAAAGAAUUUUCCACCCACCACUAUUAUAAUCCUUGAUAGUUCUGAAAAAUAGUCUGCAAACAUCUUAAUUUUCACCUGUGAAACCCAUUUUUAAAAAUUGUUCUGUCCUUUAAAAUAGUUUCAAGUAAGUCUUCUAUCUUUUCUUAGCUUUCUAAAAUAAGUUUUGGAGUUCUGAAAAAUGAACAAGCAUACCUCUGGCUGGGCUUUGUACUCUUGGCGUUUUUUUUCCCUAACUGGGUGCUAGGAGAAGAUAGCAGGAGAGAGUUGUAAGAGGAACUCAGUUAUUUAUUAACAGAGAUAGUAUGUAUCAAAUUCAAAUUCUUUCCCUACUUACUAAAACAUACUUGCACAUAUUAUUAAGGUAGUGGAGGUACAUGAAAUGUGAGGCUAUCACUGAAUUUUGUAAAGUCUGUUUUAAAAAAUAUUUAUAGAAGCCUAAUAAUAACCUAUGUUGUGGAAAUGACUGAAUUUCUGAUCCAGCAUCCCUAACCCAUCUGUAAGUUCUUUAAGUUCAGGGAAUGCAUGGCUCUCCAUACAUGUGGGAUAUUAGUAUAGAAGGUAUGUCCUGUGUGAUACCUCACUGCCUCAUCCCGUAGCACAGCAUAAGAAAAUUGUCCUGGCUUCACAUUACAGAUAAAUCCUCAUUCUACUUGAUUUCCUCCACUUAGCAGUCGGUUGCUUGAUUUGGGUUGUGAGUCCUACUUCUCUUAUUAAAUACAAAUAAGACCAGUUUAUUAUGACUUUGGGUGGAAUGGCCUUUUUCCUCUUUAAAAUCCAAAUUUAUUUUUCAUAGGAGGUAUACUAAGCAUCUGACUAUUCCAUUAUGUCUUCUAGGUUAGAUAAUGUCUGACGACAUUUUCACUUUGAAAUGCUUAUUGUAAAUUAUAACAUUGAUUUUUUAAAAAACAUUGUUUGUAGGUAGGGUGUAAUCUAUGAAUCUAUGAAUAGGGUGUAAAGUAGGCAUUAAAGCUUCCUAUAAAGUGGGGCAUUGGUUCUCAAACACAGGAGGAGGUAGAGGCUCAGGCAGGUGAAGGCAGGUUGGACUCAUAGCCAGAUCAUGUAUGUUGUACGUAGUUUCAGAAUGACCUUCUGCCAUCUAUAGCUAUAGCCCUUUGGUUUAACUGUCCACACAGCUGCUUGGCUUUAACGUUCCCUCUUCUGGCCUCUCAAGAAGUUUUUGUGUUUUCUUUUUAAUUUAUUAUUUAUCAUUUAUUUUUUUUAUCUAAGUUGCACUUGCUCAGCCAAGUUCUAGGGGAGGACCAGAAUUCAGGAGUUAGCUGCAGAGGUUAUCAAUCAACUUACAAUUUUGUAAGUGAAGCCCAGACAUGCUGCACACUUGUUUUCUUUGUGCACUUAGUGCAAGACCAGAACUAUAAGGUGCUAACAUUUCCUUGUUGAAUCCAUCUUGUUGCUAUGGAAAAUGCUGUCCUAGAUAAUUCAGUUUGGAGCCUCACAUAACCCCCAUGGAAACUGUAUAAGAAGUGAGAAAAAGGCAAGAACCCUUCCCCCCCCCCCCUUUUUUUUAGUUCACAGUAGUGGAAUGGCAUAGGGUAAAAACACUCUUGUGUCUAGGAUUUUUUGUUUGCUUGGUUUUUUAUGUUUUUAAUUUAUUGUGACAUGUACCAAAAUCAAAUUGUAAUAUAAUACCAUCCUAUAUUAUAUUCUUUUGGAUAUAAAAGCUCUCAUGACUAUGCCUAUUUCUAUUCUAA